UUUCGUUUCUCAGGAAAAGAUACCCAACCCUCGUGCCUGUAUAAAACCAGCCCACCAACACAAGGCUCAUCAGUACACUACUUCUACAGACAAGAGAUGGGUCUCUUGACUGCUGCGUUGAUUGGAGGAGGAGCAGUCGGUGCCGUUGCAGCAGCUCCUGUUGUUCUGGGUGUUGUAGGUUUCACCUCAGUUGGAAUAGCUGCAGGCUCCUGGGCUGCCGGCAUGAUGUCUGCUGCUGCAGUGGCUAACGGAGGAGCAGUGGCAGCCGGAAGUACAGUGGCUCUUUGUCAGGCAGCCGCUGCAGCUGGUCUGCCAGCAGUUGCCACUGCAACGGUGGCCAGUGGAGGAGCAGCGUUGGGAUGGCUGACUGCAAUCCUCAUCUGAGAAAUCAAUGAAGGAACAAUGUUUUUACUUUUGCCAAAUGAAGGAGGCGACUGCAACUUACAUCUGAUCACUUACUGUUGUGUUCAAUAAACUUGUCUCCUAUAAAAAGA